UUUUUAUCUCUAAUUAGCAAAGAUUUUUCUUAUUGGAAAAUUUACAGUAAAAUUUAAUUCAAAAUUCAGCUCAUGUACCUCAGAUAUCAGAAGCUUUUAACUUUUGACAUUGUUAGAUACCCCGGAACAAACUCCAAAAUAUAAUUGAAUUUAACCUUAAUGAAUAAAUGAAAAUGUCAUAUUUCAAUAUGUAACCUGUUACGGAACAAAUAAAACAGAUGGAUAGAUACAAUUCUUAGAAUGGAAUGAAUUCGUCGGUUUAGACAUUCAUUUGAAGAACAUUGAACACAUUGAAUUAAAUAAUAAGAGAAUGUCCGAGACUAUUAUUAAUAAAAGAAGUAUUGAAAUCGACCAAAACAGUCUUUUGGACAAUUCUAAUAAAGAUUUGAUACGUUGGUACAACGAUUGCGACCAUUUUGAAAAGGUGCAAUGUAAUACGACGAAAGAGAGUUCUGUAAGAUAUAAAACUUCAAAAAAGUAUAUCAUUGAACAAAAUUUAAUUUUUAUUUUGACGAGAUUACACUUUCAGCAAAAUCGAAAAACCGAUGACAGAUCUGUGGUUGGAUUAUCAGCUUUCAUUGCAAGUCCUAAAAGACAGAUUUGCAAAAGUGAAUCUAACAUUUCAAACCGACAGUUCGAUUCUGGACCUAGGAAACAGAUUAAUGCAACUAAUAUUCUACAAUUAAGAGAUUCCAGUUCUACACUUUGUUCAAACAAACUAAACGAAGUAGCGAAACUUGAAUUCCAAGAUUCGACAGACUCUGAUAACUUCAUCAAGAAUUACAUUAGAACUUACAUUUAUAGCAGGACGCGGCUCGCAAGGGUCGAUGAAAGAAAACUUAUGGCGAGUGUUCUAGCAAUACACGGAAAUAAAAAUGAUAACGAAAUAGUAUCAGAAGUGAAUUCCAUUAUUACUUCAAAAAGAACUUCAAACCAGAAGAAUAUAGGAAAGAUGCGUAAACUAAUGACAAAGUAUAAAACAUCAAGUAAAAAGCCACAAACUAUAGAACGAGUUACUGCAACGAGGAAUUUUGUUUACGAGAUUGAACCAAUAGGCACAGAAAUAAAAUCGAAGGAGAAAACAAGUCAUAAAAUUGGUAAUCAGUCUCGCAUAAAACGACAACAGCGUAAUGAUGAUAAAGAAUUAAAGUGCCUCAGGUCUUCACCUAAAAAUGAUCUGAUCCAAAGUGCUGAAUAUUGCAGUCGUGAUUUACAGAGAGCAAGUGCAUCUUUACCCAAGCUAUUACCUAAAAAUUUAUCGAAUGUAGAAAAACUGCAAACUAACAUUGAUGCGCUCAAGCAAAUGAUUACGUUACCUACAAUUGAAUCAUUAGAUUAUAAAAUGAAGUACCAAGGAAAAAAUUGUAUGCAUCUGUAUACUAGAAACGUAAAGAAUGAUUCAGUAGCACAUCCUGCGAUUGAGGGUAUAAAAAACGUCAAAUUAACACGCAAAUUAAUUAGUGCUGAAGUAUCUAAUAAAAAAGAUGCAGCUAAUGAAACGAUCUCAUAUCCAACACGUGGUAAUGUGUCAUGUCAGAUGACAAAUUAUAGAUCUGCACAAAAUCGGAAUGAUUUGUUAGGUAACGCAAAUUUGAAUAGUAUAGAAAUGCAAAUUCCAAAGAAUUUAUUAUUAAAAAUAUUGAAGUCGGAAUAUCUGAGAAAGGAUUUGCCAAUGAAAAAAAAUUGUAACAAGUAUUUUGUUGAUUCAUAUUCUAUGGAUUAGAGUGUUAGAAAAUUAUACAAACUCUCUAGCACACUUGAUAUGCACCUUUCUUCGCUAAAUGAAAAAUGUUGAGAAAAUAUGCAAACAACCGCGAAAUAAAUACAAUUUAUAAUUUUGUAACUUUACAUAUUCAACUUAUAUAAGAACGUAACAAUAACUACUAUACUAUAUAGUAUGUUUAUUGUAAUUAUUUACAAUCACAUUAUUUCUCGCAGCACGAGUCUUUCAGGCUGUUUUAAGAAAUCUGAGAUGUAACGUAUGAAAAUUAAAAUUGUUAUGUACAAUGUUUUAUACACAAUA